UUGCGGGAAGGAUAGUGACUGGGCUGAGGGAGUGUGGCUGCAACAAGGAGGAUGACAAGACUGCAGACAGGAGAGUGACAAGUCACUGAAAUUGCAGGAUGGAUGUGGAAGCAGGGGCACCCAUUUUGGGUCUAAGCGUGGCUGUCUUUUCCAGCCUGCUGAAUGGGUCCACUUUUGUGUUGCAGAAAAAAGGCAUCCUGAGAGCCCGCACUAGAGGUGCCUCUUACCUUACGGACAUAAUAUGGUGGGCUGGCACUCUCACAAUGGCUCUUGGACAGAUAGGUAACUUCCUGGCAUACACGGCUGCGCCUGCUGUGCUGGUAACACCACUUGGUGCUCUGGGCAUUCCUUUUGGGUCACUUUUAGCUUCUUAUGUGUUGAAAGAAAAACUAAACUUUCUAGGCAAAUUGGGAUGUCUGCUCAGCUGUGUGGGCUCCAUAAUUCUGGUUAUCCAUUCCCCAAAAUCUGAAAAUAUAACAUCACGGGUUGAACUUGAAGAGAAGAUUACCAAUCCAGUAUUCCUGAUCUACCUCUGCGUUGUUCUUCUCAUGCUGAUGUUGCUAAUAUUCUGGAUAGCGCCAGCUCAUGGAAACAAAAAUAUAAUGGUUUACAUUGGCGUAUGCUCCUUAUUAGGCACCUUCACAGUGCCCUGCACUAAAGGCAUUGGGCUGGUGGCUCAAGAUGCCUUCGCUAACAAUCCAAGCAGCGCUAGAGCCACUUACCUGUUCCUAAGCCUCUUAGGUGUGUUGGGCUGCAGCGUCCUCAUUCAGUUUAGAUAUAUCAACAAAGCACUGGAAUCAUUUGACUCUUGCAUAUUUAGUGCUAUCUAUUAUGUGACAUUCACAACACUGGUCCUGCUGGCAACAGCCAUACUUUUCCAAGAGUGGACCAAAGUGGGAGCAGUAGACAUUUUGGCCAUUAUAUGUGGAUUUACCACUAUAUCGACUGGAGUUGUCCUAAUCCAAAUGUUUAAGGAGUUCAGCAUCAGUUUCCGAGAACUGAACAAGACACUGGAGAAGACAGAGUAAAUCAGAGUAACGUUUGUCUUUUUUUGUUGUUGUUGUUGAAAGAAUUACCCUAUUUCUGAUUUACUUAUUGGGGUAUAUAAUCUGGAAUGUUAUGAAAGACAAAUAAGCAGGCACAUAAACAUAUCUGGAAAUUCUUACUUACCAUUGAAAUCCUGAUACUCAAAAAAAUAAAAUAAAGUAUUACCUAUUUUAAAGUGCUAAAUAGAGACAGCAGGGAGUAAUUAUGCAUGCAGUGCUUAUAGAUUUAUUCAUAGCUGGA